GCUGCUGCUGUUAGUUGACGCGCGCGGAACUUGAGCCCACUCACUGUGGAGGGUCGAGGAAGGAAGAGGAACAACAAAGUCACGCAGGUGAAGGCCAACAUUAACGCCACUAAUUUAGUCGCCACUUUGAAGAGGGCAGCGAGGUGAAAGGUCUAGUUUUAUAGUUUUAUUUUUUAUUUUAUUCUUUUUUUUUAAUUCAGACGCUGCCGCUUGUGUGACGAGGGUGAACACAGCAGGCGAAAACUUGGUUGACAGGAGGAGACAGAGCUUGGCGAAACCUCAACCCCACGAAAGAAACAAGUGUUGGGAGAAUUUUUUUCUUUACGCGACAACAGGACUUGUUUGAACGAGAACGUUAACCUCUGAAGAUUGUGGACUUUGAGUCGCGUUCGCCUCGCGUCACGUUGUAGCGCACAGAUCCCUAGUAUCACCGCGUUACAAUGGGGGAGCAGCCAAUCUACACCACCAGGGCCCAUGUCUUCCAAAUUGAUCCAAACACGAAGAAGAACUGGGUCCCUGCCAGCAAACAGGCAGUCACAGUCUCCUAUUUUUAUGACAGCACACGCAACAGCUACCGCAUCAUCAGCGUGGAUGGAUCAAAGGUUAUCAUCAACAGCACCAUCACACCCAACAUGAUGUUCACAAAGACGUCACAGAAGUUUGGCCAGUGGGCAGACAGCAGGGCCAACACGGUGUUCGGUUUGGGCUUCAGCUCAGAGCAGCAGCUUGCUAAGUUUGCAGAGAAGUUCCAGGAAGUCAAAGAGGCAGCCAAAAUGGCAAGAGACAAAUCUCAGGAGAAGGCAGAGGGGCUGGGCAAUCACACCCAGGAGUCUGGACGUGAAACGCCAUCAACAAACCAGGCUUCCAGCAUGAAUGGCACCGACGAUGAGAAGAUUUUUCACGUGGGACCAGAGGCUGUCCUGCUGAAGAAUGAGAAUGAUCUCCUCAAGAAUGUUGUAGAACAGAGCAACACCAACGCCAAGAAGUGGGAAACCGAGCUGCAGACGUUAAGAGAGAAUAAUGCCCGGCUGGUGGACGCGCUGCAGGAGUCCUCGGCUAAUGUAGAGAGCUGGAAGAAACAGCUAAGUGCCUGCAAGGAGGAGAGUGACACGCUCAGGCAGAAGAUUGCGGAUCUGGAGGUUCAGUGUCAUGAGGCCGCUCAGGAGAAGCAAAUAAAUGUGCAACUGAGCGUGCGUGUGCAGGAGCUGGAGGCCGAGCUGCACGAUAGAAAGCAGGAGCUGGAAAAUUUGAGGAAGCAAGCAGAGAUAAUCCCCCAACUCAUGGCGGAGUGUGAGAGCAUCACUUCUAAACUACAGACCGCCGAGACAAAGAACAGAGAGCUGGAGGGGAAGAUCGGCGUUCUUCACAUGGACGUGGACGACAGUCGCCAGAAGCAAGGCAACAUCAAAGGCGAGCUGAAGAAGUUGAUGGACAUCCUGGACAUCAAGCUGGACGAGCUGCACGAGUUCCGACUGGGCCUGUCCCGGCUCGGCGUCGACAACUGAGCCCGUCGGCCCGCCGUUGACGUCUUGAGGGCACAAACUCCGUGGCGCCCACUCUCCCUCUCAAGUCACGUCCACCAGGAGGCACUAUGGACGUACUCUGAGGAGGAGGAGCGUUCUCUGACACAACCUCACCUUUUGUGUGCAAGCCAAUUAAGUCAUACUUUGGAGCUUAUGUUUAUGGAUGUGAUGAGGGGGGAGGGGCAGUGGUGGUGGGUUCUUUAUAAGGGCUACAAGUAACAACACACAAGGGGAAUGUUGCUGAGUGUCACUCCAGUAAUAAUUGGUGUUCUUCUCAAGUCCCACUCCGCCUCCUGGCAAUCAAUAGGCUCUAUCUCAGGUGUGUCACUUUAUACUUGGAUGACAUGAACACACGAGACUAAUGGCCGUAACACUAAGUGCCUCUGGAGGGUGAAGAGGUUUGGGGGGAGGGGGGGGGGGUGAAGUCCUCCUGGCAAGGAGAUGUGCCCCCCACACACAUGAAAAGCAUCCUGCUAAACGGGUCCAAAUGCGUGGAAAGCCGUUUUAGAAUUUUGUCCAUAGCCUUGAUAUCCCAAUUAAGGUCCACGUACAUCCGUUGACCUCACUUGUAAGACAGUUUAGUGCACUCGUGGAACUAGGACAAACGAGUCAAAUUGCUCGUAGGACUAACACGUUUUACACUACAGUGUGAUGUUUCUGCAUACUUGUAUGUAAGACUCACUUCAUUAGUGAGGCGAACCGGCGCAGUUGUGUUCGACUUGUGAAGUGGUGGAUGUCAUCGAAUAGUUUAAUGUCACUAGUAUGUUGAAUAAAUGCUCAAAUGUCUUUUUCCAUUUGUUAGAUAUUGAAGAUGUCCAGCUUCAGGUCCAUAUGUACCAGUACAUACAUUGCAUAUGGACCUGAAGCUAGAUUGUCAAAUGUUCUCUAGACGUGUACUGUAACUAGUACUCAACUUCCCACUAAAGAGUCCUUUUGUCAUCCAGCAUUUCCAUAGACGGGUACAAGUGAUGUCUCCAUAGCUUUCUUCACCAACCACGUUAUCCAAAAAGAAUAUAAGCCAAUUUUGCGGUCACGUUCAAGGACCUGUCGUGCGAGUGUGCGCAAUAGUAUUUUUGAGCCGAUCUGUUUAAAGGCUAUUGAUGUGCUUCCUUCCACUCAAUUUUUUUUUUCUGUGUGUGUGUUGGUGAUGUUUGUUUGGGGCGCGUGGCCAUGGUGCUGCUUCAUGGGUGCAUGUGAAUAACAACACUACUGAGGGACUUGGCUUUUGUCUGACAUUAUUUAUUUGGGUGCCUCUCUCCUAUGUAUGUGUUUCUAUUAUGAGCAAAGUCAAUCGACAUGAUGUACAAUAGGAUGUAGGAACUAUACCAAACCUGUCUUCUCUCAGAGCUGCUUUGUACAAUCUAUUUUUAAAUAUUUACAACAACAACAAAAAACCACCAAUGUACUUGCAUCCCUGUCAUAAAAUUGGAAUUUGUUAAUUCAUGUAACAUCAAACAUAAAGUGUGACCUUUAGUUUUGAACCAAAUGACUCCUGUAAACACCCUUGGCUUCUCUUCAUUGUACAAUAUAACUGAUUACUUUUAAAAAAUCACUGACAACA